CGACUCCCAAGAUGCUAGCUUUGUACUUAUACUGCUCUACUUAUCCUAGUCUACUUAUACUAAUUUAGGGUGUAUACGGUGGAUGCCUGAGGGUGGAUUCCUGAAGAACCAAUGUUGAUAUCGGCAACUGCCCGUCCAAUCAGCGGGAGGCCCUCGCUUAUCCCGCAACCAAUUGCCGAACGAAGCGGCAGCAGAUCCACUUAAAGUCCAACAACGCCCGUUCAUUUCUUCUCCGGUCUGCCAUUUAUGCAACAAGAUAAUAUCAUAUCCCCGUGGAAGUUAUGUCUGGACGCCAUGCAUCGCGAUCUCGCACCGGGUGCGCCACGUGUCGGACCCGGAAGAUUAAGUGUGAUGAGACGCAUCCUGCAUGUAUCCGAUGUAUAAAUGCCCAAAUGCAAUGUGAAUGGACUCAAAGGAUUCCGAGACAACCCCCCAGGUCGAAACCGGCAUCGAAAGCGUCGAGGGGUCCAAGCCUACAGCGAAACUAUCACCCCCUCCGGCCACGAAACAUAGGCCCAGGUGUGCAUCUUUCUUUCCUGUCUUUGCCGAACUCCCGGUUGCUAUCAUCCAGCGAACGGGAGUACUUCGCAUUCUUUCCCCAUACGUCCAUGGUGCGGUGGCUUGGGAAGCCAUGGCAGUGGGCCUCUCUUCAUUAUGUGUAUAGUCAUAUCGCCCCGCACUCAUCGGUCGUAACGAGUAUGAUUUUGGCAAUCUCUGCUACAGAGCUGGAAGGGAUUCGCCACAUGGAACGACUUCGAAGCGAGCAGCUGGCUUCACAUGACCCAUGGCCUGGCGAAGCUGGGACGGUACACUACCAGAGCGCUCUACGCGACUUUCAGCUCAUUCUUAGUAAGAGCCAGGGAUCCCUAUCUCCUCAAGAAGUGGAUGAGAUCGCGACAGCAUUUUUCCUCAUGGUGACCUAUGAGUAUAUGUUUGGUCAGGAUAGUGCGGCCGUAGAGGUGCAUAUUCAAGGCAUCUACACGUUCCUCAAAGCUCAUGAUUUAGUUCCGAAGCUUGGCGAGCCUCGCCAAUGUGCUAGACUACCGGUACUGACGCAACAGUUAUUACUCUUUGUAAUGUAUGCGAACCUCACAAUAUGCAAGUACGGUCAUCUCCGCCAAUUGUGGGAGGAGGCCGGCCAUGAAUCUUCCUUUGUGUCUACUAUGGAUGAGCUCUUUUAUAACACCCGCACAUCACAGCAUGCGAUCUGGCCGUUUGAAUACCCGACCGAAGCGUCGUUGGAUGACAUUUCGGUCUUUCGUCCGCUGGAGCUGACCAACGAAUGCAAGAAACUGAAAUAUAAACUCUUGUGUAUGCCUCAAAGGAUACAAGUCAAACCCGAAAGCGAUCUCUUGGGUUGCCUAGAGCAAGACCUACAUGGCAUUGGAAAGCGAUACCAAGAUCUGAUAGCCAUCAGCCAGCGGCCGCACUCGGACUUGCGAAACAGGCAACUGCAAACGAUCUAUUUUGCAGUUGCAGAAUAUCAUGCCACUACGAUCCUUUUCUGCUACCGGAGGAGCUUGCUUGGGGGUAUUAGCACCCCGUCCGUGUCCUCACACGACGCAGUGAAUGGUGCAUUAGCAAUCAUUAAGGAACUUUCAGCCGGAAGUCCGUCAUGCUUAGGAAGGGUCCACUGGCCGAUAGCCGUCCUGGCCGGGUGUAUGGAGGACUCACCAGACCGCCAGUGGAUCCGGAAGACCCUCGUAGAAUCGCAGCAUACGAUAGUCUUUCCAUCCAUGAGGGGGUGGCUUGAUGAGAUGAGUGGCCUCAACCUUUAGUCUUGGACAGCCACCGAACCAACACAGUUGUAGGCAUUAUCUCUUAGUAUCUAUCCUCGGCUAUCGGUCCCUAUCAUCAAUCUUGUUUAUUAUAUGGUAGAACAUUGAAUCGUCUUGGCAGGCCAACCUCAAAGAGCAAAGUCUAGGAGUGCACUUGAGAAGGGCAUUAUGCUAGACCCAUAUUUGCCGACACAGCCAAUAAAUAUCCGUCCCUAGAUAUGGCCAUCUCCGCAAUUCUGAGCUCUGAGUGGUUG